AGGCAGUUCGUUCUGUGACGCCCGUCCUGACAUCACUCCAGCUGUUGAAGCGAGGAGGGGAAACGCGCAGAUAUUUAGCUGGGCUAGGUCCCGAACGCAGUAACUGUGCGAGCGACUGGUCCGAAUGAGCGGGGAAGCGCGCAAGAGCCACUGAAAAACACUGAGUGCAAUGAUCCACUGGGCGAACUGGGGAAACGGUAAAUCGAGCUGGAGUACGCGUCGGAGAUAACGGUACUUGGAGAUACCCAAACAGUUUGAUUAAGCAGCAGUUAACAAAAAUCUCAGUCUUUUUUAAGCUUCCAAGACAACCGGUAAAUACUCUGGAAAAUGACAUCGCAUUAUAACGGAAAAGCAGAAUUAUCGCAUUUUUUAAUCAGGAGCGGACUGGUUAUUCAAAUUUGAUUUUUUUUUUUUUUUUUUUUUCAAAACAGCCGAAGACCCUUUUCUUCAAUCAAUGACACGUUUAUUAUUUUCCAAGAUAACCGUUUAAUUAUUAAGCUUUAAGAAAUGGAAAAGUUAUUUCUUAUCUAGCGGCUCUGGCAGAUGAAGUGAGGGAUUAAGACUGGCACUUUGCUUCGAUUUAAAAGGGCGGACGAAUCCUUCGAGGAAUGCUAUUCAGAACUAGCUAGGAACUAUACUGUCAGCGAAUAUUUUCCCAUCCAUUAUAAUCCUUUACUCAGCCUCGAUAAACGCAAUUUUUUUGCAAUGUAAACAGAAUUUAAUGAACUCCUUGCCCCUGUCUGCCCUCGUUGGAGAGUCGCGGUGCGUCCUCCGGAGAGUUGCGGUGCUUGAGAACGGAGAAAUAGAUGCGAACUGGGAAUGUGAAAUCUGAGCUUGGUUUAGUCGGGAACGUGAACUAUAAUACAAAAUGUAUGCUUUGUAAUAGAAUAUAACUUUCAGCCUUGCUGAAAAUACAUCUUAAUAAUGUCAAGAUGUUGUUACUUAGGUAGCCUAUAUACACUGAUUUUGAUUAACAGUUAAAAAAAUGUAAAUUAUUUAAUGUGCUGCAUAUCUAGCAAAGAAUCAACUAUUUUAUUAGCAGAAUAUCACCGGAACAACAAAUAUUUGCUCUUAAUUAAGUAGAGGCAGGGAGUUAAUCAACCGCAAUUUAUCCUAACUGCUUGUCAAUAUUACAGCAUGUUUUGAAAAGACUUAAAACAGCACGAAAAAAAAAGAUAACGGACUCGACUGCGACGAUGUCAGUUCCGAUACACUGGAAAUUGACCAAAUUCCAAGAAGAAAGUAGCGAGAAGAGUGCUAUUUAUAAUCUUGUCAGUGAGAGGGGUUUCAUUAUGUCCGUGGCUGUCGAAAGUGCUUGCCUGGCAGGUUCUGGGCUCGGCGGCAGGAACAGCAGCACCGGUGGGGGAACGAGUGGCGCAUCUCCCACGUGCAACCAGAGCGUGAAGCCCUACUCCCCCGAGGCCACCGUUGCCUUUGCCACUGCCAUCACCUUGAUGGUGCUCUUCACCAUCGUGGGGAAUAUCCUGGUCAUCAUCGCUGUACUGACUAGCCGCUCGCUCAGGGGCCCGCAGAACCUCUUCCUGGUCUCCCUGGCGGCCGCGGACAUCUUGGUGGCCACCCUCAUCAUCCCCUUCUCGCUGGCCAACGAGCUGAUGGGCUACUGGUACUUCCGCUCCGUGUGGUGCGAGAUCUACCUGGCGCUGGAUGUGCUGUUCUGCACCUCUUCCAUCGUGCACCUGUGCGCCAUCAGCCUGGACCGCUACCUGUCCAUAUCGCGGGCCGUGACCUACGGCGCCCAGCGCACGGCCAAGCGGAUCAAGACCGCCAUCCUCGUGGUCUGGCUGAUCUCAGCCGUCAUCUCCUUCCCACCGCUGCUGUCCAUGAACAAGAGCCAGAGCGGCGGGGGCGGGGCGGGACUGCCGCAGUGCCAGCUCAACGACGAGCGUUGGUACAUCCUGUACUCCACCAUCGGCUCCUUCUUCGCCCCCUGCCUCAUCAUGAUCCUGGUCUACAUACGAAUUUACCAGAUCGCCAAGCAACGCAGUCGCUGCCCGCCGGGGGAGCCCAGGAAAGACGGCGGGGCCGCCAGCCCCCUCCCGCGGAAGGGCCACGGUGAGACCCAGCGGAACGGGGGCGCGGACAGCACCCCGGCCGUCCCGAAGAGAAGCGGCGCCCCGAGGCCCCCCACCCUUGCCGUGCCCCCGUCUCCGUGCGCCCAGCAGGCGAAGCGGUCCGCCAACCUGCUGCAGCCCCCCUCCCCUUCGCCCGCCCCUACCCCCACUACUCCGUCCUCGCCGCCCUCCCCCUCUCUGACGCCAUCCCCCUCCUCCGCUCAUCACCCCAAGGUGACCCCCAAAACCAAGGAGAGCAAGAAAACGAGGCGGUUCGGAAAGAGGACGGACAACAACAACGAGGACAGCACCAGCUCCGGGUCGGACGUGGAGAUGGGGGGGCCGGGCGGCCACAGGGCCUCCAGCACCGCCGGGUCUCCGGGUUUCCCGGCCUCGCCGACCUCGGUGCAGAAGUACAGGGACAUGAUCAUCACCACGAAGGGGGCCUCGCUGGCCGGGCGGAAGGCCAAGCCGGAGGGCACGCCCAACACGGCUCGGCGCAAGGCCAUGGUGAACCGCGAGAAACGGCUGACCUUCGUGCUGGCGGUGGUGAUCGGGGUUUUCGUGGUCUGCUGGUUCCCCUUCUUCUUCUCCUACAGCCUGCAGGCCAUCUGCCCGGUGGCCUGUGCCCUCCCGGACCCGCUCUUCAAGUUCUUCUUCUGGAUCGGCUACUGCAACAGCUGCCUGAACCCCGUCAUCUACACCAUCUUCAACAAGGACUUCCGCAGGGCCUUCAAGAAAAUCCUCUGUAAGAACACCAAGGGCACUUUCUUUUGAAAGGGCUGGAAUUUGCCACUGGACAUGCCGACCUGGAAUCCAGGCUCAUUGCAAGGACAGGACGUGCACAGCCUGCCCAAGGAACAGCUUCAAAACUUUGUUUUCCCUCAAAUUGAUAACGAAGGACCUGGAGAAUGUAUGUGGAGAAGACAAUUUGCUCAAAAACAAGCUGUACCCUGCUUUUGAAAAUAUACCAAGGAAACCUGCAGGAGCCUUCCUGCAAACCUCCUGGAAGACUGUGAGCAGUGGAAAUGCAUGGGACCAGGUCCUUCUUAUCUCUUGAAUUUCUUUUUUAAAAUUCUGGCCUCAGGGAUGUUUGGAGCAUGGGACCCUACAGAGAAUUGAGACACAGUGCUUUGCUUUGAUGCUUUCCUCACACAAAACAGCACAAACACCCAGCUGAAUCAGGUUCCUGUUGCUGAUUUUUGUGAAACGGCAUCGUCAAAGCCUUUGUCUGUUCGCCUUGAGCACUAAAUUUUAGUAGGGCAAUGUAGAAAUGUAAAAAUAAAUCUAAAAAAAAAAAACAAGAUUUACAGAUCCAAAAACAACACAACAGCACAACACAAAGGUUGUUUCCUUUUUUCCUUUAGUGUCUUUUGUUCUGGAUGUGCAUGGGACUGCCAACCUUUACAACAAAGGAAUAUUCCCACAUAUAACGCCGGAUCUGAAAGUCUGGAAUCUCGUAGUGCCUCCCUGACUGACUGGAUGCUGAAUCUGACAAUAUUACCUGAAUUACAUUCAUUGCAAUGUUAUUUAUCCAGCCAUAGCAGGACAGGCUGCCAAUGAGCACAAUCUUACCCUACGAGAUGAACACAGCCUUCCCAGCUCUGAAGCUACCGGGCUGUCUAUAAAAACACAAUCAUGUAACAUAAUUGUGUGUGUGUGUGUGUGCACGUGUGUGAGUAUAUGUGUGUGUUUGUGUGUCUGUGUGUGUGUGUGUGUGUGUGUGUGUGUGUAGGUGGGCUUGCGUGCAGAAUGGAGGUAUUUCCUUAUUUCUACACUUUGUUUUGCUUGUGUUUUGUUGGAGAUGGGAGAUCAUUCUGCCCUUAACACAAAGGACAGUUUUUUUUGGCACUCUCCUUAACUACAAUAAGGUACGGCUGUAUUUUGAAUUGCUCACGUACAGACAUUACUGUGAAAUUAGUCAGGUGGACUUAUUAUGCUCUGUAUAACCAGGUCAUUGUUGAAUUUUGCUGGCUGUUCUUUUCUCGUGCAAGGCAGUGGAGCCUAGUGAGUCGUGAAUGUUUGAGCGACUGUCUUAAAUUUAUUCUUCCAGACCUGGCAGAACCCACAAUAAGCGUGCUAUUAAUUAAACUGACUGGCAUACCCCAAGACAUUGCCAAUUUCUCUGCAGUGUGCGUAUGUGUGUGCGUGCGUGUUUGUGUAUGUGUGUGUGUGUGUGGCUGCCAUGUAGACCUCUGAGUUGGAACUAGUGGGAAGGGAAAAUAGUGGGAAAGUGUGAGUCGUUAUGGAAUCCCUCACGCUCUAGUGAAGAAAUGCUUUGUGCAGGACUGAACUGUGCAGAAGACGAAGCUCGAUUCCUCCUGAGCAGUGGGAUGCACUGACGUUAAAAUGUUUUAAUCGAGGGCUAAGGUGAACAACCUUAGCACCUUUUCAGGUUUCACACUUGUUGUACCUCCCAAUUUUCUCACGAAAAUCAAAGCAAAGCAAAAAUCAAAGGAGAGCAAACACUGGGUGAUAUCAAAACAAAUUUGCGGAGGGAAGGGAUGAUUGUUAAAGAGCGAAUAUAAUAGGUGAGCGUCAGCUUUUUGCUGUUUUCUGGGGGUUUUCUUGCCUUUGGUGAAGUGUUUGUGCUUACGGGUGGG